AUAAUACGAUUAUUUUGCCUUCCUUCUGCAUUUACCGGCAAACUCUCUCUCUCUCUCUCUCUCUCUCUCUCUGCAAACGCCGAUGGCUGAGAGACGCAGAUUGCAAAUCCGUGACCUUCUAUUUCGUAUAGAUUAUUCCGCCUACAGCUUUACGACCACUGAUUGGCCUGGUCGACGCUUUCAUCUUCAGCUUAGCUGGUUGCUUCGGUCGCCACCGUCAACCUCCCCGCCUUUCCUUCACCCACGACGACGUUGUUCGACUCGCCGCCACCUCUCCAUUGUGAAUGAGGUGGAAGCAUUGCGCGAACUGUUUAACAAGUUGAGUAGUUCCAUUCUCGACGAUGGAUUACUUCACAAGGAGGAGCUGAGGUUGGCGCUUUUCAAAACUCUAGCUGGUGAAAAUCUUUUUCUUGAUAGGGUGUUUGAUGUUUUUGACGAAAAGAAAGAUGGAGUGAUUGAAUUUGAGGAGUUUGUCCACGCACUAAGUGUGUUUCAUCCGUAUGCUUCUCUUGAGGCCAAGAUUGAUUUCGCGUUUAGAUUGUAUGAUUUGAGGCAAGCCGGAUACAUCGGGCGGGAAGAAGUCAGGCAAAUGGUAGUUGCUACUUUGUUGGAAUCUGGCAUUCAGAUGCCGGAUGAAACUCUUGAAGCUAUCGUCGAUAAGACGUUUGAGGAUGCCGACGUUGACAAGGAUGAAAAAAUUGGCAAAGACGAAUGGAAAGCUUAUGCUAUUCGGUACCCAACACUCCUAAAGAACAUGACCCUUCCAUAUUUAAAGGACAUCACGACGGUUUUUCCGAGUUUUAUUUUCAACACUGGAGUCGAAGACUGAAAAUGUUGGUAAAAUCAGAAUCAGAAGAUGUGCUGCGUUUUAGGAUUGCUUUGACCAACAAAACGGAGCUGGGUUGAUAUGAUUUUUACUCCUUGAAGGUUCCCCCUACUUCAACUGGCACAAGCAUUUCUGGGAUUGACCUAAUAAAAUCCAGCCACAACCUCAUCCACAACUUUGUUAGCCAGUGGCAACAUACUAUGAGAAGAUCAUAUCACCGCCGGUUCCAAGCCAGUGGCAACAUACUAUGAGAAGAUCAUAUCACCGCCGGUUCCAGCGUGAGAAGAUCAUAUCACCGGGUGCCCAGCAACAGCGCAUAUUCUCUUUUAUACUUGUGGACAUUGAAACUUCGGUAAAAUAAAUGUCACCAACAACUUAAAUUUUGAUUCGCUAAGACUAUCUCCAAAGGAAAUCUCAAAUUAUAAGUAGAAUGUCAUUUAAUCAAAUUUAAAUGUAAGAAUAAACUCCAACUAGUAUGUCAAUCCUAUGUUAAUUGAUAUAUGAACGUUCAUGAGAAAAUGUGAUGUCAAUUUUUUUUUAGGUAAA